GAUCUGGGCGCCAAGAUGGCUAGAGGGAGUCCAGGUCCGUGGUUUGUGCUCUGCGUCUGCUUGGUGCUGGCGGUGGACUUCAGCAAAGGGCAGGAGGAAAAACCCUUUGGUGAAAGGUGCCUGGAGGACUUCACAGCAGGGAUGCCAGAUUUCGUGCUGGAUACGGACGCCUCUGUCCAGAAUGGAGCCACUUUCUUAUCAUCCCCCAUGGUCCAUCGGAGCAGGGACUGCAUGAGAGCCUGCUGUAAGGACCCCACUUGUAACCUAGCUCUUGUGGAGCAGGUCCCGGGCACAGAGGAUGACCGCAUCCAGGGCUGUUUUCUCCUCAACUGUCUCUACGAGCAAGCUUUCGUCUGCAGGUUUGCCAGGAAGAUCGGCUUUGUGAACUUCUUGAGGAAGGACGUGUACGAUUCCUACCAGACAAUGCAGAAUCACGGAUCUAGUGAUGACCAUCCUCCGAUCGCCCGCACUGGCAAGGACAUGAGGGUGCAGCCCGGGGAGCCAGUGCUGCUGAGGGGCACAGAGAGCACGGACGACCGAGGGAUAGUCAGAUACGAAUGGAAGCAGAUCCUUGGUGACACCUCAGUGGAGAUGAAGAAUCAUGAAGAAGAUCAGGUAGAAAUCUCCAACCUGCAGGCGGGGACUUACGUCUUCCAGCUUACUGUCACGGACACUGCACAACAGCAGGACUUUACCAACAUCACCAUCAUGGUGCUGAAUUCUGAGCAGACUGAAGAGCACUGUUUGACUCCUAAGAAGGUGGGUUGGUGCCGAGGAUCUUUUCCACGUUGGUUUUACAACCCAAGCCUUCAGCAGUGUGAGGAAUUCAUUUUUGGUGGCUGCAAGCCCAACAAGAAUAACUACUUACGAGAGGAGGAGUGUAAGCUUGCCUGCAAGAAUGUUAGAGGUUCUGUUGGUGGGCGACAAGAGCCAGUGUGCAAUGGGAACUGCCAGUCCCCCUUCUUCAGAUGCAAGGAUGGCUGCUGCAUUGAUGCCUAUCUGGAGUGUGAUGAAACUCUUGACUGCGCUGAUGGAUCGGACGAGAUGUACUGUGAACAAUACGCUCGUGAGUUCAACCGACUGCAGAAGAUCAACGUCACACAUAAGCAAGGUCACUGCGUGGACUUGCCUGAUACUGGACAGUGCACUGAGAGCAUUCCCCGCUGGUACUAUAACCCAUUCUCUGAGAAGUGUGAUCCCUUCACCUAUGGGGGCUGUGGUGGCAACAACAACAACUUUCAAAGGGAGGAAGAGUGUAUGAAAUCAUGUUCAGGCAUCACAAAAGCGGAUGUCAUUGGCCGGAGAUGGGAAUUUGAAUCCCAAAAUGAUACCUUAAGUGCCUUUGAGGUCGUGAUUGCUGUGCUCCUGGGGAUCUGUAUCAUGGUGGUCCUGGUGAUUAUUGGCUACUUCUUCCUGAAGAAGAGGAAGAACAGCCGCCGCCGUCAGCCAGCCACUGCUACCAACUCAACCCUUUCCACCACAGAGGACACUGAGCAUCUGUUUUACAGCAGUGCCACCAAACCAGUCUGA